AGGAAACUUGAAUAUAACUUCAAAAGAAGAUUUGAUUCUUUCUUUCUGGACUGCAUAUAUAUAACAAGACCAUCAGAAUGUCGGGAGCCUCAGUGAAGGUGGCUGUCCGUGUGCGGCCCUUCAAUUCUCGAGAGACCAGCAAAGAGUCCAAGUGCAUCAUUCAGAUGCAAGGCAACUCGACAAGUAUUAUUAACCCAAAGAACCCAAAAGAAGCUCCCAAGUCCUUCAGCUUCGACUACUCCUACUGGUCUCACACCUCGCCAGAAGAUCCUUGUUUUGCAUCUCAAAAUCGUGUGUACAAUGACAUUGGAAAGGAAAUGCUCUUACAUGCCUUUGAGGGAUAUAACGUCUGUAUUUUUGCCUAUGGGCAGACUGGUGCUGGGAAAUCUUAUACAAUGAUGGGUAAACAAGAAGAAAGCCAGGCUGGCAUCAUUCCACAGUUAUGUGAAGAACUAUUUGAGAAAAUCAAUGACAACUGUAAUGAAGAAAUGUCUUACUCUGUGGAGGUGAGCUACAUGGAGAUUUACUGUGAAAGAGUACGAGAUUUGCUGAAUCCGAAAAACAAGGGUAAUUUGCGUGUGCGUGAACAUCCACUUCUUGGCCCAUAUGUGGAAGAUCUGUCAAAGUUGGCAGUGACUUCCUACACAGACAUUGCUGACCUCAUGGAUGCUGGAAACAAAGCCAGGACAGUGGCAGCUACCAACAUGAAUGAAACAAGUAGCCGUUCCCAUGCUGUAUUUACCAUUGUUUUCACCCAGAAGAAACAUGAUACUGAGACCAACCUUUCCACUGAGAAGGUUAGUAAAAUCAGUUUGGUGGAUCUAGCGGGAAGUGAACGAGCUGAUUCAACUGGUGCCAAAGGGACUCGAUUAAAGGAAGGAGCAAAUAUUAAUAAGUCUCUUACAACUCUGGGCAAAGUCAUUUCAGCCUUGGCAGAGGUGGAUAACUGCACCAGCAAGAGUAAGAAGAAGAAGAAAACUGAUUUUAUUCCCUACAGGGAUUCUGUACUUACUUGGCUCCUUCGAGAAAAUCUAGGUGGCAAUUCUCGGACUGCAAUGGUUGCUGCUCUGAGCCCAGCAGAUAUCAACUAUGAUGAAACUUUGAGCACUCUGAGAUAUGCAGAUCGUGCAAAACAAAUUAAAUGCAAUGCUGUUAUCAAUGAGGACCCCAAUGCAAAACUGGUUCGUGAAUUAAAAGAGGAGGUAACACGGCUGAAGGACCUUCUUCGUGCUCAAGGGCUGGGAGAUAUUAUUGAUAUUGAUCCAUUGAUCGAUGAUUACUCUGGAAGUGGAGGCAAAUAUCUGAAAGAUUUUCAGAACAAUAAGCAUAGGUACUUGCUAGCCUCUGAGAAUCAACGCCCUGGCAAUUUUUCCACAGCAUCCAUGGGGUCCCUUACUUCAUCUCCUUCUUCCUGCUCACUCAAUAGUCAAGUGGGCUUAACAUCUGUGACCAGUAUUCAGGAGAGGAUCAUGUCUACACCUGGAGGAGAGGAAGCCAUUGAACGUCUAAAGGAAUCAGAGAAGAUCAUUGCUGAGUUAAAUGAAACCUGGGAAGAGAAGCUACGUAAAACAGAGGCCAUCAGAAUGGAGAGAGAGGCCUUGUUGGCUGAGAUGGGAGUUGCCAUUCGGGAAGAUGGAGGAACACUGGGGGUUUUCUCACCUAAAAAGACCCCACAUCUUGUUAACCUCAAUGAGGACCCACUAAUGUCUGAAUGCCUGCUUUACUACAUCAAAGAUGGAAUUACAAGGGUUGGCCAAGCAGAUGCUGAGCGGCGCCAGGACAUCGUGCUGAGUGGGGCUCACAUUAAAGAAGAGCAUUGUAUCUUUCGGAGUGAGAGAAACAACAGUGGGGAUGUUAUCGUGACCCUAGAGCCUUGUGAACGCUCAGAAACCUACGUAAAUGGCAAGAGGGUGGCCCAGCCUGUUCAGCUGCGCUCAGGAAACCGUAUCAUCAUGGGUAAAAACCAUGUGUUUCGUUUUAACCACCCGGAGCAAGCACGGGCUGAGCGGGAGAAGACUCCUUCUGCUGAGACCCCCUCUGAGCCUGUGGACUGGACGUUUGCCCAGAGAGAGCUUCUAGAAAAACAAGGAAUAGAUAUGAAACAGGAGAUGGAGAAAAGGCUACAGGAAAUGGAAAUACUAUACAAAAAGGAGAAGGAAGAAGCAGAUCUUCUCCUGGAGCAGCAGAGACUGGACUAUGAGAGUAAAUUGCAGGCCUUGCAGAAGCAGGUUGAGACCCGAUCCUUAGCUGCAGAAACAACUGAAGAGGAAGAAGAGGAGGAAGAAGUUCCCUGGACACAACAUGAAUUUGAGCUGGCUCAGUGGGCCUUCCGGAAGUGGAAGUCUCACCAGUUUACUUCAUUAAGGGACUUACUCUGGGGCAAUGCUGUUUACCUGAAGGAGGCCAAUGCCAUCAGUGUGGAACUGAAGAAGAAGGUGCAGUUUCAGUUUGUUCUGCUGACUGACACGUUGUACUCCCCUUUGCCUCCUGAAUUACUUCCCACUGAGAUGGAAAAAACUCACGAAGACAGGCCUUUCCCUCGUACAGUGGUGGCAGUGGAAGUCCAGGAUCUGAAGAACGGAGCAACACAUUAUUGGUCUUUGGAGAAACUCAAGCAGAGGCUGGCUUUGAUGCGAGAGAUGUAUGACAGGGCAGGGGAGAUGGCCUCCGGUGCCCAGGAUGAAAGCGAAACCGCUGUGACUGGCAGUGACCCAUUUUAUGAUCGGUUCCAUUGGUUCAAACUUGUAGGAAGCUCCCCCAUUUUCCACGGCUGUGUGAAUGAGCGCCUUGCUGACCGCACACCCUCCCCCACUUUUUCCACGGCCGAUUCCGACAUCACUGAGCUGGCUGACGAGCAGCAAGAUGAGAUGGAGGAUUUUGAUGAUGAGGCAUUCGUGGAUGACACCGGCUCUGACGCAGGGACGGAGGAGGGAUCAGAUCUCUUCAGUGACGGGCAUGACCCGUUUUACGACCGAUCCCCAUGGUUCAUUUUAGUGGGAAGGGCAUUUGUUUACCUGAGCAACCUGCUGUAUCCCGUGCCCCUGAUUCACAGGGUGGCCGUUGUCAGCGAGAAGGGUGAAGUGCGGGGAUUUCUUCGUGUGGCUGUACAGGCCAUUGCAGCGGAUGAAGAAGCUCCUGAUUAUGGCUCUGGAAUUCGACAGUCGGGAACAGCUAAAAUAUCUUUUGAUAACGAGUACUUUAAUCAGAGUGACUUUUCUUCAGUUGCAAUGACUCGUUCUGGUCUGUCCUUGGAGGAGCUGAGGAUUGUGGAAGGACAGGGUCAGAGUUCUGAGGUCAUCACUCCUCCAGAAGAAAUCAACCGAAUGAAUGAUUUGGAUUUGAAGUCAAGCACUUUGCUGGAUGGUAAGAUGGUAAUGGAAGGGUUUUCAGAAGAGAUUGGCAACCACCUGAAGCUGGGCAGUGCCUUCACUUUCCGUGUAACAGUGUUGCAGGCCAGUGGAAUCCUCCCAGAGUAUGCAGAUAUCUUCUGUCAGUUCAACUUUUUGCAUCGCCAUGAUGAAGCGUUCUCCACUGAACCCCUCAAAAACAAUGGCAGAGGAAGUCCUCUGGGCUUUUAUCAUGUGCAGAAUAUUGCAGUGGAGGUCACUGAAUCAUUUGUGGAAUACAUCAAAACUAAGCCUAUAGUAUUUGAAGUCUUUGGGCAUUAUCAGCAGCACCCACUUCACCUGCAAGGACAGGAGCCUAACAGUCCACCUCAGCCAUCUCGACGAUUCUUCCCUCCGCCCAUGCCGCUCUCCAAGCCAGUUCCCAGCUGCCAGAGCGAGAGGGUACCUAAAGGAGAUGUUCCAGCCACCAAGUUGAACACCAUGAGCAAAACCAGCCUUGGCCAGAGCAUGAGCAAGUAUGAUCUUCUGGUUUGGUUUGAGAUCAGUGAACUGGAGCCUACAGGAGAGUAUAUCCCAGCUGUGGUUGACCAUACAGCAGGCUUGCCCUGCCAGGGGACAUUUUUGCUUCACCAGGGCAUCCAGCGAAGAAUCACAGUGACCAUUAUCCAUGAGAAGGGGAGUGAGCUCCACUGGAAAGAUGUUCGUGAGCUGGUGGUAGGCCGGAUUAGGAAUAAGCCUGAGGUGGAUGAAGCUGCAGUUGAUGCCAUCCUCUCCCUAAAUAUUAUCUCUGCCAAGUACCUGAAGUCUUCCCACAACUCUAGCAGGACCUUCUACCGUUUCGAGGCUGUGUGGGACAGCUCCCUCCAUAACUCCCUCCUUCUGAACCGAGUGACACCCUAUGGGGAAAAGAUCUACAUGACCUUGUCGGCCUACCUAGAGCUGGAUCAUUGCAUCCAGCCAGCUGUGAUCACCAAGGAUGUGUGCAUGGUCUUCUAUUCCCGGGAUGCCAAGAUCUCUCCGCCACGCUCUUUGCGUAGCCUCUUUGGCAGUGGCUACUCCAAGUCACCAGACUCCAAUCGAGUCACUGGAAUUUAUGAACUCAGUUUAUGCAAAAUGGCAGACACAGGUAGUCCAGGCAUGCAGAGGAGGAGAAGAAAAAUCUUGGAUACAUCAGUGGCGUAUGUGCGGGGAGAAGAGAACUUAGCAGGCUGGCGGCCCCGUGGAGACAGCCUCAUCCUUGAGCACCAGUGGGAGUUAGAGAAGCUGGAGCUCCUCCACGAGGUGGAGAAAACCCGCCACUUCCUGCUGCUGCGUGAGAGACUUGGUGAUAGCAUUCCCAAAUCCCUGAGCGACUCAUUGUCCCCUAGCCUCAGCAGUGGAACCCUCAGCACCUCCACCAGCAUCUCCUCUCAGAUUUCAACCACCACCUUUGAAAGUGCCAUCACACCCAGUGAGAGCAGUGGCUACGACUCAGCAGACAUUGAAAGCCUAGUGGAUCGAGAGAAAGAGCUGGCUACCAAGUGCCUGCAACUUCUCACCCACACUUUCAACCGAGAAUUCAGCCAGGUGCACGGCAGCAUCAGUGACUGUAAGUUGUCUGAUAUCUCUCCAAUUGGACGGGAUCCCUCUGUGUCCAGUUUCAGCAGUGCUACCCUCACUCCCUCCUCCACCUGCCCUUCUCUGGUAGACUCUAGGAGCAACUCUUUGGAUCAGAAGACUCCAGAAGCCAAUUCCCGGGCCUCUAGUCCCUGCCCAGAAUUUGAACAGUUUCAGAUUGUUCCAACUGUGGAAACGCCCUAUUUGGCCCGAGCAGGAAAAAAUGAAUUUCUCAAUCUUGUUCCAGACAUUGAAGAAAUUAGACCAGGCUCAGUGGUAUCUAAGAAAGGAUACCUACAUUUCAAGGAGCCACUUGCUAACAACUGGGCUAAACAUUUUGUUGUGGUCCGUCGCCCUUAUGUCUUCAUCUAUAACAGUGACAAAGACCCAGUGGAGCGUGGCAUCAUUAACCUUUCCACAGCACAGGUGGAAUACAGUGAGGACCAGCAGGCCAUGGUGAAGACAUCUAACACCUUUGCUGUAUGCACAAAGCACCGUGGGGUCCUUUUGCAGGCUCUCAAUGACAAAGACAUGAAUGACUGGUUAUAUGCCUUCAACCCACUCCUUGCUGGCACAAUACGGUCAAAACUCUCCCGCAGGUGCCCGAGCCAACCGAAGUACUAAGUGACUCUGCUGAGCGCCCUCACUCGCCUUCCAAGAGAUAAAGAAAGUGUUACCUCUCAUUUCUCUUUGUGAUUCUUGACGGUUACUCUUGUAUGUAAUCCUGUGGCUUAACUACUUUUCCCUCCUUGUCCAGCACUUUUUCUAGCUCUCCUGUUCCCCAUCUCCAUUGCUCUGUACUCUUUUCUUUUUUCCUGUGCUGAAAAUCUUGUUAGAAGCAUGUGGCCUAACAAAAGGGGAAAAAAACAAACAAAAAAACAACCCAGAGAGGAUCCAGUGAAUCUCCAAUUUUUUGGUGUAUUUUGGCUUCCUUUUGUAUGAUAGGUCCCCAUUAUGACCACCUCUGAUGUCUGUACUGCUGUCUUUGGAUAUCUUUGUUUUUCAAGAUAACAUAAUACUUUUUUCUUUUCUCUGUUUGUGAUAUCACUUUAAUUUUUCUUGGGUGGCUUAGAGACUAAGGGAGGAGACAUCUGGCCUUUUUAGAACCUGAGAGGAGAAAACUGACCUUUUCACCUUCUGUCUCUUUUUGCCAUGGCUAAUCCCUGCAUUUUUUCAUUCGGGGAAAAGGUUGUGGUGAGCUUAGAAAUGGGACAGGUACAUUCUCUGAAAUUGGGGCUUACUUAGAACAUAGUUACAUAAUUUUCUUUUAGUGGAAGAGAGGUGGAGAAGAUCUUUUAGCAGGCCUGGAACAGUGGCUGCUGUUGACCUUGUAAGAAGAGAAGAGCCAAGGAUAUUGCCGGUGGAUUUCAAAAGGCCAUAGGAUUUGGCAGUGAGCCGUGAAGGCAGACAGUCAAUAGGAUGCUUAUAGUUCCUCACAGCAGGAUUCCUAUGAACUGUUUUUCUCCAGUGGAAGGGAGCCUUUUAGAGUUUCUCAGUUCUUUUCUUGGUAUUAGUGUGAUGGUGGUAGUUUGGAAUUUAGUGCAGUGUCAUACACAAAUAUCCCACAAGGAGGGAGUGUUUCACUUUCUGAUGAUGAACUUGAUGGUCUUUAUUGUCAUUAUAAUCCUGAGUAGUGACCUUGUGAUUGUUGUAGCUCCCUUUGAUCAAAGAAAUGUAGCUUUUCAAGUAUAAACUUGGAAGUCUGCUGAAUCCGGUGGUCAUUUUCAAUGAUCCUUGUCAAAUUGAAAAUAUUUUCAAUGGGAUGUCUCCCUAUACUCUUAAGUAAGCAAACAUGGCAGGCUUUGCUUUCUGGAUCCCAGGAUUAAAACCAACCCCCUCCCACUGCUUAAAAACAAAAACAGAAGGACACCUGGGGGCAGCGAAGAGAGUCCACCUGAGCUCUGCCCCAGUGGUUUGUUGUUUGCAUCCACUUGGCCUUUCCUCCUUGGUUAUCUCCAUCAGGUAUGGAGGUAUUGCUGGAGGAGAAAGGAGGAAGCUCACUGCUGACAGUCUCCUUCUCUGACAGAACAGGGUCAUCAGCUUCCAGAGGCCAUCAUAGAUGAUACUCUUUUUGUUUCAGCUGCCAGUAAGUUUUACAGGAAUGACAUGGGAAAAAGAAGGACUCCAGGUUACUUCAGUUGCUUUGCCAGUUGACUUGGGGUUGUUUUGUACCAUCUUUACCUUUCUCGCUUGAACCUCUCUGUUUGACCAUCCCUUGGGCAUUCAGGGAAGUAUCUGCUCGCCCCCACUUUGUGGAGACCAAGGGUUCUCAGCCUCGAGGUUGCUGACUCUCAGGUGAUGGGGAACUUGAUGACUUUCUGCUUCAGGCAGCAAAGGGCAGGGCUGAUACACUCUGCAGAUAGUUGCUGGGCAGGCUCAUUAUCACCCAGACUUCCUAGUUGGGCUCAUUGUAAUUGCUUUGCAAAGAGGAGGAAAAGUGAGGCACGGAGAGCUUACUAAAAGAAAGGAUAGAAA